CUCCGGGUUCCCUCAGGUUCGUGUCUAUAGUGAAGGGCAGCUCCGGGUUCCCUCAGGUUGAUCUCCUCCUUGUCCGUGUGUUCCUUCAUUCAGCUGUUGCAACCGCAGCGUCUCACUUACACCGAGCUGCGCGGACUGAAUGCUAACGAUCUCCUCCUGGACUUCGCUAUGACACUAAGCAAAUUAUGCAGCAUUUCCAAAGCAGCUUCUUUAUCAAUCGCUGUGUUUACUUCGUAUCUCAAUUUCGCCUUGAAAAUAUCACCUGCAUUUAGUUAAAUCGCGGCUUGUCAGCGAGAACUAGCUUCGUUUUGCUUUCGACUAGCGUGAACAAGUGGCUAAACGAAGCAGCUGUGUUUUUUUAGACCGUCUUCUUGGGAAGAAAUUCCAUCCAACAGACAUGGGAAUCAUUUUUACAAAGCUAUGGAGGCUUUUUAACCACCAAGAGCAUAAAGUCAUCAUUGUUGGACUGGAUAAUGCAGGAAAGACAACAAUCCUUUAUCAGUUUUCUAUGAAUGAAGUAGUUCACACCUCACCCACAAUAGGCAGCAAUGUUGAGGAGAUUGUGGUGAACAACACGCAUUUCCUCAUGUGGGAUAUAGGAGGCCAGGAAUCUCUGCGCUCUUCAUGGAAUACAUACUACACUAAUACAGAGUUUGUGAUAGUUGUGGUGGACAGCACAGACAGAGAGAGGAUCUCUGUGACCAGAGAAGAGCUCUACCGAAUGCUAGCUCAUGAGGACCUUAAAAAGGCUGGUUUGUUGGUGUUCGCCAACAAGCAGGAUGUGAAAGGUUGUAUGACAGUGGCUGAAAUCUCACAGAGCCUACAGCUUACUUCUGUUAAGGACCACCAGUGGCACAUUCAGGCCUGCUGCGCUCUCACAGGGGAGGGACUGUGUCAGGGGCUGGAGUGGAUGAUGUCACGACUGCGAGUGAGAUGACUUCUGACUGUAACAAACGGUUCACACUCUUUCUCCUCCUCACGUGGAGGCCAACUGUCGCUCACUGUGAAGGUGGCCUGGAGAUGUUACCCAGACUUGUGUUUUGAUUAAUUUAUUACAGCUCAUGGAGAACUGUGAACAGAAUUCUUCAACUAACUAUUCAAAAGGUUCGGGAUGGGCAAAACCACAUAGUGUUUUUCUGCUCAGUUGCUCCCUAAAGAGUCUAACAGGAAAGAAGCAGAGGAGCAUGUGGGCUGAGCGCAUGUGUAACUGACUGAGGCUCUGCAUGGAGUGACUUCGAAGUAUUGUCUGACUGUCUGACAGUAUUGCACUGUGUGUUCAGUCUAGUAUUUACCUUGACCAUGAGCCUGUGUCUGAGUCCAGGGCAUCAAGUAAGUAAGAGUAAAAACACCAUGCAAGGGAAGUCUUCACUUAAUGUACAAACAAAAAUGUUAAUAAAGAGUUUUUACCCAUGAA